AUGAUUAAGCGGAAGCAUCCCCAGAGCCCAGGGCUCGCCUUCCAGGCAGGACUGGCCAGCCCCGCCAUCUCUUCAGCGGAGGAGAGAGGGACUCUGCGCUCCACAUGCUGCUCCCCCCCCCUGCAAGCCCCCUUCCGACUCGCCUUCCCCCCCCCCCCGCCCGGGGUUCUUGAUGAGGUUCCUCCCGAAGGGCUGCAGGACGCCCACCCGGCCCGCGAGGGGCAGCUCCAAGCGCACUUCUUCAGGAGGGUUGGCUGCCGCAAAAGCAGCCAGGCGCCCAACUGGAAGGGGCUUCGCCUGGCCCUCCCAGAGGCGGGGCGGCCGGUGGAGGGUCCCGCUGGGCUCUCCCGGCCCAUAAAGGGACAACCCGGGGAACGGGCCGGACGGACUCGCUCUCUGCCGCCCGGCCAGCCGCUUCCACGGUUCCAGGCGGGAGCGGAGCAGCGCCGGAGCCCGCCGGCCCGGGCAGACGACCACCUGCGCUCCGGGAUGGGGGCGGGGCACGGCCGGGCGAACAGACCUGCAGGCUCCGGGCCGCGGCACCGUCGAGACCUCCAGGCGCGCUUCCCGGCCUCGGAGCGCCCCUCCUCAAGCACCCGAGCGUUUGCCCGGGCAGGAGCCGGCGGGGUCUCCGCGAGGCAGGCAAGGCGACGCGUGUCUUUGCAUGCACACGUGCAGUGCGGCCCGCUUUCCGAUGCCUGGCAGAGCAGACGAGCCGCCGAGUUCCUGGGCAGAGGCGGGCAGGGCUCCGAGCGGCAGCCUGCCGCCUUUCCCGGGCCGCCGGAGCUGCGCAGCCGGCCUCUGCCAGGGCCCGGCCGGCUGCCGCGGAAGGGGCGGAGAGGCGCGGCCGGCCCGCCCCGAGCCCUCUGGAGCCCGCCCCGGCGCCCGGGUUCCCGAGGGGCGGAGGAGCCGCGGAAGGGCAAGGCAGGGCAGCCGCUGCAGACCUGGCUAGUUGCAGCACUUACCUGA